UACCACAGUUCAUACGUCUACGGUGAAAGGAGCGAAAUGUUCAACAAAAAGCCCCGGAGGAACUUUCGGCAGAGAAAAGAUAGCUCCAGUGACGAAGAGGACCGACAGAAGAACAGCGAAGAUGGAGGGGAGACUGAGAAAGCUCCGGCGGUGGUAAAUAAACAGUCUAAAGUUGCCCAGGGCCGCGGCAUCUCUUGUAGCUCGAAGAAGCCGGACAGCAGUGACGGAGAGGACGAGGAGAAGCUGGAAGUGACUGCCGAUAAAGAAGCAAGGAGGAAAGAUAAAGGUGGAGGGAAAGAGAAAACAACUACCGCCCUCAGUUUCUCUGACGACAAAGAAGCUGAAGAACCAGCCUUUAAACUAAAGAAGUCCUCUGAUAAAGCUGUGCUGUUCCAAGUCAGGAGGAAGGAAGCUUCACCUGCCAAGACUACCUACAGCACAGCCCCAGCUGGUGUAGGUGUCCCACCAUCUGGUUCUCCUAGGCAAGAUUAUGACAGUCAGGCUUCACCACAUGGUCUGCACUAUAAUGAUGACAAUGAUGAUGACAGUGAAGACAGUGAAAGUGAUGAAGGUGGUGCCAGGUCUCCUUCAGCUAGCUCAGCCUCAGACUCGAGCCGCUCUACUGCCAAACCAGUAGUUAUCCCAAACGCUGAAGAGAUCCAAGCAGCCAGGAGGCAGCGUCGUGCCACUCGAGCCCAGAAAGAGUUCAUUUCACUGAGUAGAGGUGGCCAGAGCUCUGGUGGUAGCACCCCGGAUCACUACAGCAGGGACGAUGAAGAAGACAGAGUUGAUGAUGAUGAUGAUGAGCCAGAUGACCAUGAGAGAAGAAUCGAGUUUGCACCACGAUUGAAGAGCAUAAGAGAGAGGAUUGCUGAGAAACUCGGAGGAAGUGAUGGCAGCCUGUCAGGGACUGAUGGGGAAGAGCAGGAACUUUGGGAGGAGACACAAAUUGGGAAGGGAGUCAAGAGACGGCCAGGAGAACAGAGCCCAUCUGGCAGUGAAUCCAGCAGAUCCAGCAGAUCCAGCAGCAGCAGGCGAGACAGACAAAGACAAAAGAAGAGAUCAGGGGUCAGAAUCCCAAAGACCCUUCCUUCCAUCAGUGUUUCAAUGGUCAAGAGGAGGAUCACUGGAAAACUGGACUCCCUGAAGGAGGUGCACAGAGCACGGCAGGCAGAGCUGAGGAAGAUGGAGGGGGAUGUUGAGAGCGCUAAAACCUCAGUGGAGAGUCUGGAGGAAAGUUCCUCAGAGAUUCAGCUUAAGUUUUACCGGGGCAUGACGCUCUAUGCCCACAACCUGGUGGAGUGUCUGCGGGAGAAGGUUGUUAAGAUCAACUCUUUCGAACUGGAGCUUCACACUCUGCUCUCCGACCAGUUGGAGGCACUGUUGGCUCAGAGAAGACAGAAGGUUAAAGAGCAGGCUGACAGUCUACAGCAGCUCAGCUAUAGCACAGAUGAGCAGGAUGGAAGUUCAGCCAAUGGAACAGAAACUCCAGGUGUGGCAGGCACUGCUGCUAAAGCUGAGGGAGACUUUGAUAUUCCUGAAGACACACAACCUUCAGCAGAAGAGGAAGAGCAGCUGCAGAAGAAGAUGGCUGAUAUUCUGCUGAGGUCCCAGACAGUGUUUUCUGACGUCCAGGAUGAUUUCUGCAACGUUAAAAAGAUUCUGUCUCGCUUUGAAGAAUGGAGAAAAUCUUACUCUGACUCUUACCACAGUGCCUACAUCUCUCUUUGUCUGCCCAAGUUGUUGAACCCCAUCAUUAGACAUCAGCUACUGGCAUGGAACCCACUAAAGGAUGCCAGUGGGGACUUUGAAAACCUCCCCUGGUUCACAGCAGUGGAGACGUUUUGUCAUGGACACGGUCAUGAGGAGCUUGAGCACACAGACAGACGGACGCUGUCUAAUGUCAUAGAAAAGACUGUCCUACCCAAAAUAACUGCAUUUGUGGAGCUGGUGUGGGAUCCCAUGUCCCACCAACAGUCAGUCUGUCUCUCUGAUGUCUGUCACAGACUGAAGGAGGACUAUUCCAUCUUUGAGGGAGAGCAGAGUAAACCAGUCAAGGCAUUCAUCGAGGCUGUGGUCAGGAGACUGAGGAGCUGUGUAGACGAAGAUGUCUUCAUCCCUCUGUACCCCAAAAAGUUCCUAGAAGACAGGUCGUCGCCUCAGAGUUGCUUCAGGGAACAACAGCUCUGGACGGCCAUAAAACUUCUAGGUAACAUGGGGAAAUGGGAUUUGCUGCUUCCUGAGACUGUAUUGAUGGAACUGAUGUUGGACAAACUGCUGAACCGAUACCUGAUGACCACUCUGUGCAGUCAGACUCAAUUUAACAAUACCGUCCUAACAUGCAAAAAGAUAGCAGAUAGUCUUCCGCUCUCUUUGUUCAAAGGAGGGAACAUUUGUUUGCCUCAGCUACGGAACUUUGAAAACCACCUCGUUCAGAAAGUUCAUACCCUCUGCAAACAACAGUCUCCUGAAGAUCCAAACACAAGGUCGGCUGUGGUUGAAGUGAUGCAGGUUCUGAGUAGGGUCAGGUGCAAUGACUCCAUCAUGGCCAUAGCAGAGAAAUACCACUAUGAAGAUGUCAUCUACUCGCACCAGCUGCUGAACCAGGAGACAGUAUGAACACUGAAUGCUGUGGAAUGUGGUGGAGCAUUAUGUAUAUGGCAACAAAUGGUGCAAAUUCAUUGUUAAACCAAGGAAACAACCAAAAGGAAUUAUAUGGAAUUCCCCUUACCAUAAUUUUUAGCCAUGAACAUUUUGUAGUCUGUUUUGUACAGGAGAUAACUGUAUUUUUAUGAAUAAAUAUUUGA